CGGCAUUGGAAAUGCCCCGCUUGAUAAGACGGAAAUAAUGCAAGAACAAGACAGAGUCGUUUCCAGAAACAGUCAUGGCAGCUACCAUUCAGAGCUUGCUGGAGGAAAUCUCCGGCGUUGAAGACCCAGUCGAAGAGCUUCAAAGCCUAAAAACUGCUCUGUUGUCGAUUCCAGUCAGCGCUCUGAGAGACGCAGUGAGCGGACAGCGUUUCGAUUUAAUUUUCUCUUUGCUCGACACUAAUGAGAGGGAGCAGGUUGAGUUGUGUGUGGACAUCCUUGAACGCAUCCUGUUGGCCCUCAGUCCUGUCCAUGUGGUCCAGAACUACAGAGCUGAGCUGCAGAGCGGGUUGAAACAUCCUAAUGAGACUGUUAAGAUACUAGCUUUGACACAGAUUGGCAGAGUGGUGGAACAUCCGGACGCUUCCACCGAAAUCCUCAACAAUCAUGAACUCUUACAAGGGAUGAUCUUAUGCAUUAGAGAGGAGAAGAUGGCAGUGGCUAAACGGGCCAUUGAGUCGCUGUCUAAAAUUAGUCAUUCCAAGCCUGGGUUAGACAAGUUAUUCCAUAGUGACCUCCUGGAUGUUUUGAAGGAUGUGAUGGCCACAAGUGACAUCAUCCGAUAUAGAGUAUAUGAGCUGCUGGUAGAAAUCUCAUCUGCUUCUCCCAUUUCUCUCGGUUACUGUGCCAGCAGUGGCCUCAUCUCCCAGCUGCUCGGAGAACUGACGGGGGAUGAUGUUUUGAUUAGAGCCACAGCAGUAGAGAUGGUGACCAGUCUGGCUCACAGUCAGCAUGGCCGGCAGUAUUUAGCUCAGCAGGGGAUAAUGGAUAAGAUCUCCAACAUGAUCAGAGGAGCAGAAAUUGACUCAUUUUCUUCACUCUACCUUCCAGGUUUGGUGAAGUUCUUUGGGAACCUGGCCAUUAUGGACAGCCCACAGCAGGUGUGUGAGACCUACCCAGCCUUCCUGAACAAGGCGUUGGAGAUGGCCCUUGAUCCGGACCCUGCCAUGAUCGGCGUGGGCCUCGACACUUUGGGCUUGCUUGGGUCUACAGUUGAGGGGAAGCAGGUUCUACAGAAAACAGGAGAAAACUUCAAAGCUGUGAUUUUGAGAAUGAGCCAGCUUGCCAGUUCUGGAGCGAAUGAGCUUAGAGUUCGCAGCUUGGACGCCAUAUCGCAGCUCCUUACCCUACAGCCAGAGCAGCAAACAGAAGACCUUUUGUCCCUGACAGAGUCCUGGUUUCACCUUUUAUCCAACAAGCCAAUGGACAUGAUCCGUGACAUCAGCACUCAGCCUUUUCCGGAGCUGCACUGUGCGGCUUUACGGAUCUUUACUGCCAUUGCCAGUCAGCCUUGGGGUCAGAGGAUGAUGAUCAACAACCCCGGAUUCAUGGAGUUCAUUCUGGAUCGCUCAACUGGUCAGACAAAGGAGGCCAAGGAUGCCAAGUUCGAACUGGUGGGGUCUCUUGUGAGUUCGUCUACAUCUGCAGAAAUACUGGGCAGUCAGAACUACAUCCGUCUGAAGAUGUACCUCAAAGAAGGACCUUACUAUGUAACGGCCGUAGCUUCAGUUGGCACAGAAGGAGCAGAGUGAUUCAGAUACAAGAAGAAACGUGGAAAACUGGUAUUUUCUGCUUAAGCGAUGGGCUUAAAUAGCUUAUGUGAUGCACAUUUUAUUUUUUUACAAUAAGUACUAACUGUGAAAUAAACGGAACAAAUUUGGAAACUGGGAUAUUCUAAUAAUUGCAUUUCCUUAAAAAUAAACUGGCAAAAUACUUGGAUUUCCCAUAAAUCAAAACAUAACCACACCGUGGCAUAAUUCAUCUUAAAACUUGCUCUUGUUGCAUUUUCAGCCAACUAAACUUGGUCUCGCUUAUUUUUACACUUUUAUGCCAAACUAUUAUGUUUCAUUAGUAAAUGUGGAGAAACAUCAGAUUAAAAACCUGACAAGAUAGAGCUCCUGUUGCAGGAGUCUAAAUAGGUUGAUGUCAUAUUUUCUUUUUCACUGAAUUUAAAGGUUCUGAUGAAAUCUAGGCUCAGAUUUCUGAUCCAGAAUUUCAGUCACAAAAGUUCAAUGUAUUUUUAUUUUUUUCAAAUUUAUUUCAGUUUUCUCAAUCUUUAAUUACAAGAAAUUUAUUUCACAUAAUUUUGAAUGUUGCCCUAAAAUAUUUGCAUGCAAGAAACGAUUUUCAAACCACGUUUUACACAUGGUCCAACAAAAGCUGCAUCAGAUGUGGGACAAAAAAUGUGUUUAGUUUGUGUGUUUACCAAUGACUUUAUUUUAAUAAAAUCCUCAGAUGUAACUGGUUUUUCAUCCAAAAAUUCAUCUGACUGCCUUCUAGACAUGAAUGAGUGAAGCUGUAUAUUGUGUCAGUUAUAACUUUUUUCAUUAAAAGGUCAUUUUUUGUAAUAAAUACAGAAAAUUCUA